UCUGCAGCAGAUCCAACACUGUACUGCUGUAUCUCACACAGACAGAGAGAGAGAGAGAGAGACAGAGAGAGAGAGAGAGACAGAAGAGAGUGGAGGUAUAUUGACCCCAGCAGACAGAGGAGACUCACUAAACUGGAUUAUCUAUCAGUUACUCUGAGAUCACUGAACUCUGGGAGGAGAAGGAGGAGAAGGAUGUGUAUUGAAUGUUCUGCUGAUUGACAGGAGCGAUUCUAAAGCCUGGACUUUCACUGCUGUCAGAUCAGUGUGUGUGUGUGUGUGUGUGUGUGAGUGUGUGUGAGUGUGUGUUAGUCUUUAAUAAUGUCUGGAGGAUCACCUAUUCACCUGCUGGAGCUACUCUGGGUGGUGUGUUGUGCUGGGUGUGUGAGAGGCAACAACCUAUGGGAAGUGCCAUCCAGACACAUCCCUUCACCUGCAAACAUCACAUCCAAGCUUCUCUGGGAGCCACAGUGUCAAACCCACCUACGCCACCUGCAGGAUGGGUCCAGAACCACAGCCACCAUACCACCACAGCUGGAUGGCCACUGGGUCUCAUCCAGGUGUGAAGUGAGGCCUGGCCCAGAGUUCCUCACUCGUUCCUACACCUUUGACCCGAGUCCAGCGCGGCAGUUUAAAGCCCUCCAGCACUACUACUCUGACAGUGACUGCCACGUCCCGGCCUACUCUCUACUGAUCCAGGGCAGAGUGCGACUGCGCCAGGCCUCCUGGAUCACACCUGGAGCGACCGAGGCAGAACACAGCCUUCAUAAAGUGACUUUAAUCAUUCACAACCAGAGAACUGCCCAUCGUCUCGCCGUCCACCUGCCCUCUUCCUGCCUGGGUCCUGAUCCUGGAGCUCCCGUCGCUCCUCACCGUCUGUAUGAGCUCUAUAAUAUAAAGGCUGGGAGGGACUGCCUGGGAUCUCUGCAUGUUUCUAUGAUGGAGCUGGAGCUGCUGAGGAUCGAGACCAGGAAUCAUCCUCACAAUCGACCAACCAAAGAGCUCUUCCUCGGGGACGUCCACACAGACUGGAGCCAGAGAGUUCACUACAGACCAACGGGGUACCAGGAACCUUUACAGAACAUCAUGCAUCAUAUUCACCCGUGCCCAGUGUGUGCCCUGGUCUACCGCUCCUCCCUACAUCACCCUCCCGUUUUACCUCCAUCCUCAGCCGUUCCUCUGAACUUAAACGGACACUGGGUGAGCCAGCGCUGUGAAGCUCGUCCGGCUGUGCUCUUCCUCACCCGACUCUUCAUCUUCAGAGAGGAGCACCGCAGCUGGGAGGGCACCUACGCCCACUACUCCGACCCCAUGUGCCAACAGCGCACCUUCACCCUCAGGGCACAGGGUCAUUACGCACAGGUGGAGUCUUCUGCUAAAGUGAAAGGAGCUGCUGAGCUGCUCUUCAAAGUGACACAGGCUAAAGUGACUGUGUUUGAGAGAACGCUGCUGCGGGCGCUGAACUCCUCGGAGGAUGGAGGCUGUGGGCGGGCAGGAGGGUGGCAGCUGGGGGUGGAGCAGGACAUCACAUGGACAGCGGGCUGCAGAGUGCUGGGCAUUUCACUCCCACACAAAGAAUACGAGCUGUUUAAAAUGGAGAAGAAUCACAAAGGCAGAGCUUUGCUGUUUAUUGGAGAAAGGCCUACAGAUGGGGGCAGCCCUGAUCGACCAAUGAGAAGGCCUACAUCCUUUCAGACUCCCAUGAUUCAAUGCAGUGCCAGGGCACCGGUACCACCACGCUACAGUGCUCACAGUACAAUACAGAGGCUAGAAAUGAACUCAGCAUGUUCACAGCACUCAGUCUUUGGCAUUUUGUCGCUGUCUCUACUAAAUCUGUGGUUGUGCUACAUACAUCAUGUAUACAUUUUGUGUUAAAUUGAUGAAAUACAGUGGUUGGACAAUGAAAAUGAAACACCUGUCAUCAUUUUAGUGUGGGAGGUUUCAUGGCUAAAUUGGAGCAACCUGGUGGCGAAUCUUCAUUAAUUGCACAUUAUUACACCAGUAAGAGCAGUACGAGUGUGAAGGUUCAAUUAGCAGGGUAAGAGCACAGUUUUGCUCAAAAUAUCGCAAUGCACACAACAUUAUGGGCAACAUACCAGAGUUCAAAAGAGGACAAAUUGUCGGUGCACGUCUUGCUGGAGCAUCUGUGACCAAGACAGCAAGUAUUUGUGAUGCAUCAAGAGCCACGGUAUCCAGGGUAAUGUCAGCAUACCACCAAGAAGGACCAACCACAUCCAACAGGAUUAACUGUGGACGCUGUAAGAGGAAGCUGUCUGAAAGGGAUGUUCGGGUGCUAACCCGGAUUGUCUCUAAAAAAACAUAAAACCACGGCUGAACAAAUCACGACAGAAUUCAAUGUGCACCUCAACUCUCCUGUUUCCACCAGAACUGUCCGUCACCACAAUCAAUUAUUGUGCUCUAAAACCAGGUGUUUCAGUUUCAUUGUCCAACCCCUGUAGUGACUCAUGUAACACUACUUUAAUUUGCAUAAUAAUCACACAGUAUUCCUGACACAGUAGCUGACAGCUUCUCUAGAUCCUAUUACUAAUAGAAUCCGACUCCCUGGACUAGAAAAAUACAAACAAUUUGGCACCAGAUGUGAAAAAGAGGGGUACAGUAAAGUAGUAUUGAGCUGUGGAACAGGGGAACUGCGUUCUCUGGAAUGAUGGGGCUCCAUCCAGUAAUUCUGGGAUGAGUUUCACCUUUUGUUGUUAAGUAUAAAACUCCACAUGUGUUCAUUCAUAGUUUUGAUGCUUCAGUGAGAAUCUACAAUGUAAAUAGUCAUGAAAAUAAAGAAAACGCGUUGAAAAAGAGAAGGUGUGUCCAAACUUUUUGGCCUGUACUGUAUGUCAGGAAACGUUAUGUUAUAUAGGUGCUAAAACACUCCUUAUGUAGAACACAUACAACUUGUUUAAAGCUGUGUAAAUAUGGUGCUACUUUAUUUUUAAGUGAGAAGUGGGAUUUAUGAUAUAAUAUGUUUCAUGAAAGUGUAUAUAUUGAUCCUUCCAGUUAUCAGUUAUGUAACAUUAGCUGAAUAUGUUUGUCAUUUAAACAGAUUUUUUGUAACAUAGAGAAAUGAUGCAUACAUGAUACACAUUAUUAUAUUUUCUUAUAUUGACAAUAAAGGACCAAUUGAUAACAUUCCAGAAAUUAAAGGUGCUGUAUAUGAUAUGAUGGAGAACAACUGUUAAUAUUUUAUAUUUAUCUUUCCCAUCAGUGGCCCUUUAAAAGCAUCCUCCCAAAUCCAAAAACAAGUGAAACCCCCUAGCAUGAUCAACAUUCACAUUUUCAGGUUUUCAAAGCAGUAAAUUUUAAUCACAAAAACAAGAUAAAUAUAUACUACACCUGAGACAACAAACAGAUAGGGCUACAAAGACUGAAAACAGAAAGAAACCAGGACAAGGAACAAACAGAUCAAACUAACAGACAUGUAAUAUGUACAACAACUGACAAGGGAUACUAAACAAAGGGGCUCUAAAUACAGGCAGGAAACAGAAACAGGAAACAGGAUACACCUGGGGGUAGGUAACGAGGGGACGGGGUUCCAAAAUGAUUUUAUUUUAACUUACAGAGCUUACAGGCUGCGUAUGAACACUGUUUUUUAUUCAGUGAUAAAAAACUGAAAAAAGAAUAGAGAUCUUAAGAAAACAUUUAUUGGAUUAAAAUUGUAAACAGCACCUUUAAUGCAAACUCAAUUUCAAUGUAUGUUCUUUAUUGUAAUGUAAUUUAUUUAUAUUACCUCAUGUUUUGGGUCAUUUACAUCCAUCAAAUUGCUUCCUGCAUGUAUGUAACUUUCUCAGAAUAAAGCCAUGUUAUCUAA